AUGGUUGAGGUUAAUGAUCAUAGGUUUUUGAGAGAAAUGUUUGCCUUCAAGCCCUUUGCUGAAAUAUCACAAUAUGAAAAUGUUGAUGAUUCAUCCUUCUUUGAUGUCAUUGGUGUGAUAACCGGACCUGGUAGAGUGAUCUCUCAAUCUAAGUAUAGAUUGAUUGAGAUUGAGAUUUCUGAUGAGAACCAUAACAAACUAUUUUGUACAAUUUGGGAAUCAAAUGUGGACUUAUAUCUGGAUCAGUUGAAGAAGAGUGAAGGGACAAUUCCAAUUGUUAUUAUUCAGUUUUGCAAGCGCAAUCUAUUUAGAGGUUCUUUAUAUUUCAGGAUAAGGGAUGAUAGCAGAUUUGUUCAGCAAGUUUCUGUCAUUGAAGGAGGACACAGGCUUGGGGGUGAGUAUGAUGAUCUACAAUUGAAGUCCCUUGAGGAUUUAUCUUGCCUAGAGGAAGGUUCAUGUUGGGUAUUUGGCAAAAUUGAUUCAGUUGAGUGCCACUAUGGUGAAUGGUAUUUUUUGGCUUGUAAGACAUGUGUUAAGAAGGUCAGAGAGGUUGAUAACAAGUUCAAUUGUUCUGGAUGUACAAAAACCCAUACUUAUGCUGUUAAAAGGUUCAAGUUUGUGGUGAAUGUUGUUGAUCAUACUAGCAAUGCAUCUUUGUUAUUGUGGGAUAGGGAAGGCACCCAAUUGUUAGGGAGAAAUGUGACUGAUUUCUUAGGAAAUGGUGGUCAGGUUGCUCCUAAUAAUUCUAUUCCUUCACUUAUUGAAGAGAUACUUGUGGGUCAAAACGUGUUGUUUAAACUUCAGUUGAAAAACCAUAUUGAAUAUUACAGAAGUUACCCUUUCACUGUCAACAAAGUGUGUAAUAUCUCUGAAGUAGUUGAUAGGUAUACUCCUAAAGACUUGGGUGAACAGAUCUUUAACUUUGAACCUAAGUUAUCUGAUCUACUUUUUGGAGCUGAUCUUGCUGAGAAGCCCUAUGGUACAAGUGAUCUGGCCAUUCUUGAUAAUGAUGAUAGCAGUGAGUUUUCUGUUGGAGGCUCUCAAUUAAAUUUUGGAGUUGAUGUUGCUGAGGGUUCUCAGAAAGUGUUUGUUACACCUGAUCUUUCCACCGUUUGUAAUGAGAAACAUAAAGGAUGGGGUGUUGAAGGCUCUGCGAAGCGAUGCUUGGAUUUAGAUUUUGACUGUUGUGAUGAUGCUGAUGAAGUUCAGAUGAAGAAGAAAGACAAAAUUGCUGCUGUUGUGUGUGGAUCACUUGAAAGUCCUAUUGUUAUAAGUGAUGAUGUGCUUGAUGAACGCAAUCAGUCUAUUGUUAAUGACAGAUCUUUCGGUUCAUCUUAUGUUAAUCAAGAUGGAGAAUUUUGGGAUAUUGGCGAUCCUUCGUAUAUGUGUUCACAUUGUGGAGCAUUAUUUUGGUACGAGGAACGUCUUGGCAAACCCAAUAAGGCCACAAAUCCAAGAUAUUCGGGUUGUUGUAUGAAUGGGAAUGUUGAGAUUCCUAAGUUGACUUUUCCACAUGACAUUUUGCACCAAUUAAUGUUCUCUAAUGACGCCAAAAGCAGUCAUCGUUCAUAUAAUUCGAUGUUUGGUUUUACCUCUAUGGGAGGUAAAGUUGACAAUAGUGUUAACACUGGUGGUGGUCCCCCUGUUUUUCGUUUACACGGGCAAAAUUACCACUUAAUUGGUAGUUUACUACCAUUAGACGGUUGUGAGCCGAAGUUUGCCCAGUUAUAUGUGUAUGAUACAGACAACGAGAUUAAUUACAGAAUAAUGUCUGUGAGGCAAAGGGAUGCAGUGAAUAACCUUCAUUUAGAGAUUGUCAGUGAUUUGCAACAUAUGUUGGAUGAAAAUAAUGCGUUAGUGAAGUCUUUUCGUAUGGCCAAAGAAAAGAUUAGACAUGAAAAUCAACCCAAUGUAAGUUUGAGGUUGCUUGGUAAGAGAGGUAGGGAUGGAAGAACCUAUAACCUACCGUCCGUUUCUGAGGUUGCUGUGCUUGUCGUUGGUGAUUUCGAUGAAGCUUUGGGUGACAGAGAUAUUGUUGUUGUAAAGAAGUCAGGGCAAUUGCAGCGCAUUAGUGAACUGCAUCCUUCUUAUCUUCCACUCCAGUAUCCACUUUUGUUUCCUUAUGGGGAGGAUGGUUAUAGAGAAGAUAUUGGAUUUUCUAAAAAUUGUUCUUCUUCAUCGACCCAUAGAAAAAGUAUUAGUCCUAAAGAAUUUUUUUCCUUCCGCUUACAUGAAAGAAUUUCUGAGUAUUCUAUUCUUUUAUUUGGAAGGCGAUUGUUUCAACAGUUUGUCGUUGAUGCAUACACGAUGAUUGAGACUGGACGUCUUACUUUUGUACGAACCCAUCAAAAAAGGUUGCGGGCUGAAUUGUAUAGUGGUCUGGCGGAAGCUGUUCUUCGUGGUGAGACAGAUGGUUCAAGGCAUGGGAAACGAAUUAUCUUGCCUUCCAGUUUUGUUGGUGGAGCUCGAUAUAUGGUUCAGAAUUAUCAAGAUGCGAUGACGAUCUGUAGGUGGAUUGGGUACCCAAAUUUGUUUAUUACCUUUACGUGCAAUCCUAAAUGGCCAGAGAUAUGUCGAUAUCUUGCAUCUAAGGGCUUGAAAUCAGAUGAUAGUCCUGAUAUUAUUUGUAGAAUCUUUAAAGUCAAGUUGGAUAAUUUGAUAAGAGAUCUUAAGAGUAAAAAAAUAUUUGGAGCUGUGAAAGCAGUUGUGUACACAGUUGAGUUUCAGAAAUGUGGAUUGCCCCAUGCUCAUAUUUUGUUGUUUUUAAGCAAUGAGGACAAACAGCCUAAGCCUCGACGCAUUGAUGAGAUUAUUUCAGCUGAACUUCCCGACCAAGUAGCUGAUCCUCACUAUUAUGAGUAUGUGAAAGAAUACAUGAUGCAUGGGCCGUGUGGUGUCGUUCGAAAAUCUUCUCCUUGCAUGGUCAAUGGACGUUGUUCCAAAUAUUUUCCCAAAAAAUAUCUCGCGGUCACAAGCAUUGAUGAAGAUGGCUAUCCUGCUUACAGACGUAGAGAUAAUGGUCGUGUUGUUGUGAAGGAUGGUGUGCCCCUAGAUAAUAGAUAUGUUGUUCCACACAAUCGUUAUCUUCUUAUGAAGUAUGGCGGUCAUGUCAACGUUGAGUGGUGCAACCAGUCGUAUAUAUCGUCUUGUGAAGCUGCUUGGAGAAUAUUUGGAUUUGAAAUUCAAUACAAAGAUCCUCCUGUUGAAAGAUUGAGUUUUCAUCUUCCAGAUCAACAACAUGUCAUAUUUGAUGAAGCAGCUGACUUGGAUACUAUUUUGAAUCGUAAGACAAUUCAUGAAAGUAAGUUCUUGGCUUGGAUGGAAGCAAAUAAGAUAUAUUCUCAAGGUAGGGACCUCACUUAUGGUGAAUUUCCUACGAAAUUUGUAUGGAAGAAGAAUCACUGGGAACCUAGGAAACAAAGAUAUUCUAUUGGAAGGUUGUUUUAUGUUGCUCCUGGUUCUGGUGAUAUGUAUUAUCUCAGAUGUUUGAUCUUGAGUGAGGAUGAAAUUCAGAAUUUUGCGUUGGCAGAAAUAGAGAAAUUGCUGCAGAAUCUUGGCAAAACUUUGCGUGAUUUCCAUGGUUUGCCGUAUCCUGAUAUUCAGUAUUUUGAAUCAUGUGAAAAUAGACUGAUUAUUGAUGAGUUGUGUUAUGAUCGCGUUGUUUUAGCAAGUGAAUAUUCGGAAUGUAUUUCCAAAUUCACCGACGAGCAACUUUGUGUGCAUGACACUAUAAUGUCGUCUGUGUAUUCUAAUGAUGGAGGAAUAUUUUUUGUUUACGGGUAUGGAGGUACUGGGAAAACUUUCAUUUGGAGAGCAUUGUCUGCAGGGAUUCGUUCGAAGGGCGAUAUUGUUUUAAAUGUGGCGUCAAGUGGCAUAGCAUCUUUAUUAUUGCCGGGUGGUAGAACGGCCCAUUCUCGGUUUAAAAUUCCCAUUAUUGUGAAUGAAGAUUCUAUGUGCAAUAUUAAACCAGGUAGUGCACUUGCUGAGUUGAUUGUGAGAGCAAAGCUUUUUAUAUGGGAUGAAGCUCCAAUGAUUCAUAAACAUUGCAUAGAAGCCGUGGAUAGAACUUUAAGAGAUAUUAUGCGUGUAUCUGAUCAAUUAAACAUGAACAAGCCUUUUGGUGGAAAAACGGUUGUUUUCGGUGGUGACUUUAGACAAAUUUUGCCUGUUGUUCCUAAAGGCAGUCGUCAAGAUGUUGUGAAUGCUACUAUUAACUCAUCUUAUAUUUGGAAGAGUUGCACAGUUGUAAGGCUGACAAAAAAUAUGAGGCUUUUGAAUGUGGAAAAUGUUGAUGAAGCCUCCAAAUUGAAGGAAUUUUCCUCUUGGGUUGCUUCUAUUGGCGAUGGUGUUGUUGGUGGUCCAAAUGAUGGGGAAGUGAGUAUUCAACUUCCUGCUGACAUUGUUUUGUCAAAUUCUGGUGAUCCUCUUAGAACCAUUGUUUCAAAUGUCUAUCAUUCUUACAUGAUUCCUGAAGAAUUGAUUAGCUGUUUGCAUGGCCAUGCUAUACUUGCUCCUACAUUAGAGGUAGUUGAUAAGGUUAACCAAUUCAUGAUUUCUUUGGAUCAGUCUCCAGGUCGUGUUUACUUAAGUUCUGAUAGUAUUUCAAAAUCUGAUUUCACAUCAAAUGGUCUCGCUGAGAUACAUUCUGUGGAGUUCUUGAACAGUUUGAAGUGUUCUGGUACUCCUAACCAUGAAUUGUUGUUGAAAGUUGGUACACCAGUGAUGUUGUUGAGGAACAUAGACCUGUCAAAUGGGUUGUGUAAUGGCACAAGAUUGAUAAUUACACGAUUAGGCGAUUAUGUGUUAGAAGGACGGGUAUUGGGUGGCCAUAAUAUUGGCCAUAAAGUGUUGAUUCCUCGAAUGUCCCUAAUACCGUCUGAUCCGAGAUUGCCUUUCAAGUUCCAAAGAAGACAGUUUCCUUUGACUGUGUCGUAUGCAAUGACCAUUAACAAGAGUCAGGGUCAAUCGCUCUCUCAUGUUGGAUUGUUUUUGAGAAAACCUGUUUUCAAUCAUGGACAGCUGUAUGUUGCUAUAUCAAGAGUCACAAGUCGUGAAGGUUUGAAGAUUUUGGUGUGUAAAGAUGAACAAGGUGAAGGCUAUGGUGAUUCUACUGUUAACAUUGUUUAUAAAGAAGUUCUUCAAAACUUAUGA